AAGCGCGCCGCGGCUAAAAAGUGCCGCGCGACGCAAUCGCGGGCCAAGAGCAGCACUCGAGGUCGUUCUAAGACAAGUCGCAGCCAGCAGUAUUGCACCGCCGCCACAGAAACGCAGACAAAGUUCAGGAGAGCAAGCACAAAACACAAAACCAGGACGCCAAAAUCGCCAUAGAAUCAGAGAAAUGGCCGCACAGAUGGACUGCGACGACGCCAGGUCCCAGCUCAAGGAAUUAGAAAGGCAGCGCCAAGCUUUAGAGGACGAGGCCGCGGCCAUCGUCUCUGAAUUGGACGGCCUCGGCGUCGGCCUCAAGGAUGCGUUGGUCGACGCCGAGGGCUACCCGCGCGCGGACUUGGAUCUGUAUAGGGUAAGAAGCCAGCGCGGCCGCCACGCUACCAUAAGAACGGACCACAAGGCGCUGAUGAAGAAGAUCGAAGCCUUGUUACCGAUCGCGCUCGCCGCGCCGCCGGAGGACGCUCGGACAACGCCGCCGCCUUCACGUAGUGUGAAACCGCCGCCGGCGCCGCCCUCAAACGCGCCCUGGUGCUCGAUUACCGAGGUGCGCGCUUCGUCACCCGCGGCCGAGGCCGGGUUGAGGCUGGGAGAUCUGGUCGUGGCCUUCGGCGACGCGAUCUCAUUAGAUCAGGUGAAGCCGUUCGUGCUGGGACACGUGGGACGGCCCUUUGCCGUCUGGGUAGAAAGGGGAAACAAUCGCGUGAAACUCGAGAUGACUGCUAGAACAUGGGCCGGCGAGGGGCUCCUCGGGUGCCGACUCCUACCGCUCCAGUAA